UACAUUACAGUUUGCGCUGAUCAAUGAGGGUUACUAAUGUCAUUUUCCAGAAAGUAUGCUGGUUUUAGAAGUAAAAAAUCGAAUGUUCUGUUUAUUCGUUGGUCAAAUCGGUUGUUAUGACAUCUCUUCAUUUCUUGAUCAUCAUCCUCAACCCAUCAACGAUUCAUUGAUAUUUGCCCAAAAGAAUAAUUAAAGCAAUUACUUGUUGAAGAUGGAAAUCGGAUCUUCUUCAGAUAAAAUUUUCAAGCUCUACGAUCAACUAGAAUUGCUGGAAUAUCAAGAUAAGUUCGUGGUCAAAUCCCUCGAAUCUCCCGAUCAAGGCUUCUCGAUUUCCCGUCGUGAAGGAAACAUCGAGACACUAUCUGAUGCAUCUUCUUCUGAAAAACCAUCCAAAACCUCUGCCAUUUAUGGCGUGGCUGGAACCAUUAGAUUGCUCGCAGGAACAUAUUUGCUUGUAAUAACUUCGAGAAAGGAAGUUGGAAGUUUUCUAGGUUUCCCUGUGUACCGAGUUGAGUCUAUGAAAUUCCUGGCUUGCAAUGAGGCUUUGAGGUUUUCCAACUCUCAAGAAAAAAGAGAUGAGGCUUACUUCAUGACUCUGUUGAAAACAGUCGAAGCAACUCCGGGAUUGUACUAUUCAUAUGAAACAGAUAUAACAUUGAACUUGCAGAGAAGAUGCAAGUUAAUGGAAGGGUGGAUGAGCAAACCAAUAUGGAAGCAGGCUGAUCCUCGAUUUGUUUGGAAUAAACAUCUUUUGGAGGAACUUAUUGAGUAUAAGCUUGACGAGUUCAUUAUCCCUCUCCUACAAGGAAGUUUCCAAAUGGCUCAGCUAGAGUUGAAGAAUUCACCUACCACAUGUACAUUACUUUCAAGGAGGUGUACACGGCGCCUAGGGACACGUAUGUGGAGGAGGGGAGCAAACCUGGAAGGAGACACUGCUAACUUUAUUGAAACCGAGCAGUUGUUGGAGCUUGAAGGUUUCAGGUGUUCAUUAUUGCAGAUACGAGGCUCUAUUCCACUGCUUUGGGAGCAGAUUGUUGAUUUAAGCUAUAAACCACGACUUAGAAUUAUUAACCAUGAGCACACAGUAUAUUUUUUCUUGAAAAUACAGCAUUUUCUUUUUUUAUCAUUCUCACUGAACAGUGGUGCUUAUGAUUUAACAUUGCACUUUCAACUCUUCAUUCAGCCACAAGUUGUGGAGCGCCAUUUCCAUGAUCUUUUUCAAAGAUAUGGAGAAACUAUAGCACUGGAUCUGACAGAAAAACAUGGUGAUGAAGGUCAACUAAGUGCUGCAUAUUCAGCUGAGAUGCAAAAGCUUCCAAAUGUUAGAUAUGUAUCAUUUGACUUUCAUCAUGUUUGUGGGAACUCAAACUUUGAUAACCUUGGAGUUCUAUAUGAUCAAAUCUCUGAGGAUUUUGAAAAGCAAGGAUACUUUCUCAUAGACACAGAUGGCAACAUCCUGGAGGAGCAAAAAGGCAUUAUUAGAUCUAACUGCAUUGAUUGCCUUGAUCGAACAAAUGUGACCCAGAGUUACCUUGCUCGGAAGUCUUUAAAUAUCCAAUUGCAAAGGCUUGGGGUAUUUACGUCUACUGAGUGCAUUCCAUUGUUUGCUGAAGAUUAUGGAAAGUUCAGAACGCUGUGGGCUGAGCAAGGCGAUGAGAUAAGUCUUGAAUAUGCUGGGACUCAUGCACUGAAAGGGGACCUUGUUAGAUAUGGCAAACAGACAGUAGCUGGACUCAUCAAAGAUGGGAUGAGUGCAGUAUCAAGAUACUAUUUGAACAAUUUUCACGAUGGAAUUCGGCAGUUUCAUGUUUUUCAGGAUGCAUUGGAUCUUGUAAGUGGUCGCUAUACUGUCAGCAGAAACAACCCUUCACCAUUCCAGCUAAAUAGUUUCGAAUCUUUUUCUUAUCUUCCUGUGGCAUCAGCUUUGCUAGUAGGAGGUUUGACAUUGACAACCUUCACAAUUCAGCAAGCUGGUCGAAGCGCACAACAUUAUGUCUCUUCUGUUUUCUGGGCUGGAGUGACUGCUGGAGUUAUGGCUUUGGUCAAAGCUAAUGGAAGGCAAUUCUGUUCUAGGCCUCGCUUGUGUGGCCUGUUGUAAACUACUAUGGCCUUCUGUCAAUUGUGGAUUCAGCGAAUCAUUUAAAAAAAAAAAAAGGAUACAAAUUGAAAAUUUCUGAUGUAUUUAAAAUUUAUUAUUUAAGAAUUACUGCUAAAUAUUUAUACUA